AUGUCUAUCUCACCCAUUAUCACAUUUAAAGCUGGCAGAUGUGAUCUCGACACAUCAAGCAAGCCGUACAAAGUCACGCCUGAUCCUACACCUGGUUACAUCUAUCUCUACUCCGAAGAUGAACUCAUUCACUUCUGCUGGCGCGAACGAAGCAAGCCCUUGACCGACGAAGAGAACCUCGAUCUUGUUAUGUUCCCAGCUGACGGACAUUUCGUGCCAUACGAAUACAAGACCCGCGACGAACCUACAUCUAAGACCAACGGUCGCAUCUUUGCGCUCAAAUUCUCCUCUUCCUCUUCAAGACAUCUAUUCUGGCUGCAAUCGAAGCCCCAGGCGCGGAAUGGCGACGCUAGCUGGUUCAGCCCCCGAGAUUUGAAGAUUGGCCAGAUUGUCGAUUCAUUACUGCAAGGGGAGGAGGUCAACGUAUCGCAGGAAAUUGCACAAAUACGAAGCGGAAACGGCGGAAACAAUGACGAUGAAGAUGAGACUAUGGAGGAUGUUGAAGGCCACGGAGACCCAUCACAGCAUCAUGCUGGCGGAAGUGGCGGCGCUGGACCAGAUGCCACCGGCGGAGAUAUCAGGGAGGAGGGCGAAGAGGCAAGAGAAGGUGGAGCUGAUGGUGGACGAGCGAGUUUGGUGAAAAGGGAGUGGAGAACAAAACGACUAUGUACUGCUAGACAGAUACGCCUGAAUGAAUACUCAAGAAGUUUAUGGGGUUACGUCAGGAUGAGGGCUGACGAGGUGAUCAGUGCUAGUUCGGGACCAACAGAUGCUGCCACAGUCGUUCAGAAUUUCCUCAACUCGUUGAAAGGUGGGAACGGUAUGCAGCAACAACAAGCACAAGGCCAAAUAUAUACGACUCUACCGGACUUAUUAUCAUCGUCAACGACAAUCCCUGCAAUCGAAUCCGCCUCCGCAAGCCAAAUCGACAACCUUCUUAGCUACCUGCCGCCAACCAUACUCUUGCUUGCACAAGAGUCGGCUGCUUCGAUCGAUGGCAUGGUAGAGCCGAACGCCGCAACGGCCACUGCAGCAAUGGAAGCGCUCAGCUUAGCCCAGAAGAAAUCCAUAGUCAAGCGAGUAUUGAGGAGUCCUCAAUUCCACCAGAGCCUGGGCAGUCUCACAAUGGCAAUCCGAGAUGGUGGAUUGCCCAGCAUUGCCGACGCAUUGGGCGUGCAGUUGGAAAACGGAGGAUUGGUUCGAGGCGGCAGUGUGCCUCUGGGUGGUGGAGAUGCGGUGGAGGCGUUUGUCGAGGGCGUCAAGAGGACAGUCGAGGGAAAGAAAUAG